GCACCUAAAUACGCCAGGUGACUUUCUCACCUGAGAGAGAGCUAGCAGAUACUCCGCUUCCCCACUGCUGCUGGAGUAGGUGCUUCUCCGGCACUUGUUGCUGUUCUGAAGGGUGGAGUGUGGCGUCAUUUCUCCUGUAACUUCAUACACUUGUUCAGCCAUCCUUGAGCCACUGGCUGUUCCGCUGGGACUGGCAGGGGGUGUGAGAACGAUGAGGCAGAGGCCCCCAAGGUGGGUCGGGACCGGUCUCAGUGAGAGGGUGACGGCUGAGCGCCAGCUGAGGGGCAGGAGGCACCCGGCUGCGGGGAGGGGCGCUCAGAGCAGGGCUCUCAGCAGCCUCAGGAGCGGAGGUGGGGCUUGGAGCUGAGGAGGGGCUCUGCGUCCCGUGGGGGCGGGGCAGGACUGUGCUGCUACUGGAGGGCGGGUCCAGUGGGCGUGAGAGGGUGAGCAGGAGGGCGACUUCCGGAUCUGGAUCAGUGCAGGUGCCAGACCAGGGGCAGACCAGGCCUGGGUAGGGGGUGGGUGUUGGGGCUGGAUGUUAAGUAUCUGAGGUGCUCUAGGACACCCAUGAGGAGAUGGCCAGCUGGAGGGGAUGGGGGUUGCCAGCUUAGCGCACCAACAGGAGCUCUGCACUCCACUGGACGUUCAGGCCUGUGGGGCCGAAGCAGCUCAGGUCACAGACAUGGGCUCAGGCAGGAGCCUGCCUGGCUGGAGGUCUCAGGCUGAAUGAUCCAGCAGCUCCUAGAUUAGCUGUGCUGGCUGCCAGCACCCACGGGGAGCCUGCAAACGGGUGCUUAUUAUAUAUUCUGCCCAGGUGUGGUCAGGUCAUCGUGAAAAUGACUGUCUACCUCCUCUGGGUUCCCAGAGGACCAGAGCUGCAUGGUUCAGGGAGGCAGUAUCUCAUGCUGGUGAGGGUGGACAGGGGCCCCGUGGUGACUGACUUGAUGGAGACUGGGGUUACGCAUCGCUGACAGCAGACAAGGAUUUGGUCAUAUGGAGGUCAGAGGAGACCCUGACAGGGGCCACUUGGGGUGGAGGGGACGGAGACCACCUGAGGGAGUGGCCAGAUACGGCCAUAUGGAGGAUGACCGUCCAUGAGAGAUGGUGAUGGGUCUGCUGGGCUUGUAUCCUGCUGUCUGUCAGGCCCCACUCGCUCCUCUGACACCAUCUCCCUCAGACGUUCCAUGGACCAGAUGAUGGCGGCGGCCCGGCUCCUGCCGCCACCAGCGGUGCCUCAGGCCAAGGUGACCUUUGAGGAUGUGGCCGUGUUCCUCUCCCAGGACGAGUGGGACCGCCUGGGCCCCGCCCAGCGUGGCCUCUACCGACACGUGAUGAUGGAGACCUAUGGGAAUGUGGUCUCCGUGGGAAUUCCAGGAUCCAAGCCCGAGGUGAUCUCCCAGCUGGAGCGAGGAGAGGAGCCGUGGGUCCUGGACAAGCAGGGCAAUGAGCAGCUCAGGGGCUGGGGCAUCAGCCGCUCAGGAUGUGAGCACAAGGAUCAGGACCAGAACACAGAUUCCAGCCUGAGGCCGCUCACUUCAGAGGAGAUAUCAAUGAUUCUGAGGAAAACGCCUGCCGAGUGGAGUGAUCCAGGAAGUUACGAACCUGAGCAGAGUUUCUGUCUGAGUCCCAGCCCUGCCCGCCCCCCUGAAGGCCAGGCCGUGAGUCCCAGCGUGCCGGUCACCCAGCGCCCGGCUGUUCCUGGCGGGGAGAGGCCCUACCGGUGCGUGGAGUGUGGGAAGUGCUUUGGGCGGAGCUCCCACCUGCUGCAGCACCAGAGGACGCACACUGGGGAGAGGCCCUAUGUGUGCGGUGUGUGUGGCAAGGCCUUCAGCCAGAGCUCAGUGCUCAGCAAGCACAAGAGGAUCCACACGGGCGAGAAGCCCUACGCGUGCCAUGAAUGUGGAAAGGCCUUUCGAGUGAGUUCGGAUCUUGCUCAGCAUCACAAGAUACACACAGGGGAGAAACCUCACGAGUGUCUCGAGUGCCGCAAGGCCUUCACGCAGCUCUCACACCUCCUGCAGCACCAGCGCAUCCACACUGGCGAGCGGCCCUACGUGUGCGGUGUGUGUGGCAAGGCCUUCAACCACAGCACCGUGCUGCGCAGCCACCGGCGGGUGCACACGGGCGAGAAGCCACAUGAGUGUGCAGAGUGUGGCCGCGCCUUCAGCGUGAAGAGGACCCUGCUCCAGCACCAGCGGGUGCACACCGGGGAGAAGCCCUACGCUUGCGGCGAGUGUGGCCGCGCCUUCAGCGACCGCUCCGUCCUCAUCCAGCACCACAGCGUGCACACUGGCGAGAAGCCGUACGAGUGUGCUGAGUGCGGCAAAGCCUUCCGGCACCGCUCCACCCUCCUGAACCACGAGCGCAUCCACACGGAGGAGAAGCCCUACGGCUGCUACGCCUGCGGCAAGGCCUUCGUGCAGCACUCCCACCUGACCCAGCACCAGCGGGUCCACACCGGGGAGAAGCCCUACGUGUGCAGCGAGUGCGGCCACGCCUUCAGUGCCCGCAGGUCCCUGGUCCAGCACCAGCGGGUCCACACCGGCGAGCGGCCCUUCCGCUGCGCACAGUGUGGCAAGGCCUUCAGCUUGAAGGCCACGCUGAUUGUGCACCUGAGGACCCACACGGGCGAGAGGCCUUACGAGUGCAGCCGUUGCGGCAAGGCCUUCAGCCAGUACUCGGUGCUUGUACAGCACCAGCGCAUCCACACAGGCGAGAGGCCUUACGAGUGUGGGGAGUGCGGCCGCGCCUUCAACCAGCACGGCCACCUCAUCCAGCACCAGAAGGUGCACAGGAAGCUGUGACCUUGCCUGCACCUGAAGCCACACUUGGGAACUCGGGCUGCCAGCCCUGGGAAGCCUCCAGUCCGGGCGAAGCCCCUGCCAGUGACACCCAGUGUCACCCAGGAACUCACGGGCAGCACUGAAGCGUCUCUGGAAGAACUUCAGAGGACGCCUCCUUUGCUUCUCUCACCGUCUUGAAGUUACGUCGCAGAGUAGUCUCACAAUGGUAGUGAGUUUUGGUAAAGACAGCUACGAUUCAUUAAUGUUAGUUUGUUAGAAAUGAGAAACUAAAGGAAGUUUCAGCAUAAGGACCACUGUCCCAGCAAAACUUCCUCACACUCCAAAUAAAGGUUUUUUUUCUUAGAAUAUUAUAUGCCUUUCCUGGAGAAGGAAAUGGCAACCCACUCCAGUACUCUUGACUAGAAAAUUCCAUGGAUGGAGGAGCCUGGUGGGCUAUAGUCCCUGGGGUUGCAAAGAGUCAGACAGGACUGAGUGACUUUUCACUUUCACUCUCACUUCCUAAAUACAAUGGUGGUUCUGAUUAUUGCACUUAAAACUGGGAUAUUGGACUAUAUAUUCAGUAUUCUGUUAAAGUACUGUGUAGAUAAAAUGAUAUUAAAAAAUAUUGUUACCAAGUGUCAUCAUAUAAUAUUGGCUGAAAAUCCUAACUGUGGAACUACUUCUUUUCUAUGAAAAUGGUCUAAAGCUUAAUUAGUGAGAAAUGAUAUAAAUUUAGAAAACCCUUCAUCUGGUCCUUUAAUUUUAUUUAAGAUCAGAAGGGAUGUCCUAACUUAUUAGUGAAAAUUCAACUCAAAAAUGGAUCUUUUCCCCAAAACCUUUGCAGAU